AUGUUCCCCCCCUUGCUUCUUACAUCCCAACCUACUCAGCCUUGUAGUAAACGCCCGCCCUCGAGUGUCCCUCGCCGCCCAGCUGCGCGCCCGGCACCGUCCUCGUCGAGACUGCACGACUCGUCCUGCGCCGCUUCCAGCCCUCGGACGCGCCUCUCCUCGGACGCGCCUCUCCUCGCCCGCGCCGCCAACCAUCGCGCCGUGUGGGACGGCGUCCGCGACAGCUUCCCGCACCCGUACACGCUCGCCGACGCCGAGGCCUUUGUGACGCCGAGUCCGGAUCCCACGCAGCGAGGGCUCCCUAAUCCCACCAAGGUCGCCGUCUGUGUCAAAAUACUACCUGCCGACGACGACCACGGUAGCCAAGCCCAGCAGCUCGUGGGCUGCAUAGGCGCCGACCCGGGCCAGGACGUCCUCUACCGCACCUGGGAGCUGGGCUACUGGCUUACGCCCGCCGCCUGGGGCCGCGGCUACGCGACCGAGGCGACGGGCGCCCUGCUGCGCUGGUUGCUGGGACGUGGCCUGGCGUGCGGCUUCGUGCUCGAGGGCGUUCAGCGAGAGGCGGCGGAGAAGGGUGGUGUGCUGCAGGACUUGCACCUAUAUGCUGUGCUACGGCGGGACGUCAAUCUAGCAGAAGAAACAACAAAAACAUUCACAUAA